CAAGCUUUGACGUCACCUCCCAAACAUCAAGGGAUUAAGCCAGCCAGUGCCACGUCAGCGGAUCAGCCUCCCAAUCGCGCUGUGUAGGGUCACGUGUCCUGACAGAGCGGCGACCGGAAGCAGAUUCGAACCAGAAUCCUGAAAAGUGAAGAUGAAACAAAAAUGCCAAAGUAAGCAAUCAACGCACGCAGGCAGAGGUUAAAGGUGAGGGUUAGAUAACUUUAAUGGCGAAGGCCUCGAUCCCUAGACCUGCACUAGGUAUCCAUACCUCUUCUUAUAAAUUCAAUUCUCGCAGCAAAUGCGAUAGCGCCAUCGUUUCCCUUAGCGGCACGUCAUUUACCUCUCAGUGCGGUGAAUCCGCAGGCAAUUUUCCUGUUUUAAGUUUCAGGAGGAGAAAGGUUGGUGGUGAGCUUGGAGCAAUGUUUAGCAAUGAGGGAAUGAUUCAAACAGUUGAGCGAGAUGGAGUGGGCACUGAUAUUCAACCUGAUCAUCUGCUAGUCCUUGUUCAUGGAAUCAUGGCAAGCCCAAGUGAUUGGAAGUAUGUAGAAGCAGAAUUGCAAAGGCGGCUUGGAAAUCGAUUUUUAAUAUAUGCAAGUGCAGGCAACUCCUACACUCAAACUUUACAUGGAAUUGAUAUUGCUGGGAGACGUUUGGCAGGGGAGGUACAACAACUCAUUCAAAAGACACCCAGCCUCAGGAGAAUUUCAUUUUUAGCCCAUUCUCUUGGUGGAUUAUUUGCAAGAUAUGCAAUUGCUGUUCUGUAUAGAGAAAAUUCUGAGGCAAAUGGAAGUUCUAUCAAACAGGUUUUUGCAGAAAAAAUGUCAGAGAAUAAAAGUACUGAGGUGGGAGGUCAGUAUAUGGGAGUUUCAAAAGGUAGUAGUAUAGGUGGAUUAGAGGCUAUGAAUUUUAUUACAUUGGCAACUCCACACUUGGGGGUACGAGGGAAAAAACAGCUUCCUCUUCUUUUUGGAGUUCCUUUACUGGAAAAGCUUGCUCCACCCUUAGCACAAUAUGUGAUAAGAAGAACGGGUCGGCAGCUAUUUCUGACAGAUGGAAAAGCUAGUAGGCCUCCACUUCUUUUGCGUAUGGCAUCUGAUUGUGAAGAUGGCAAAUUUAUAUCUGCUCUUGCAAUGUUUAAAUCAAGAAUACUGUAUGCGAAUGUUUCGUUUGAUCAUAUGGUGGGGUGGCGGACAUCCUCCAUAAGAAGAGAAUCAGAGCUUGUCAAGCCUCCCACAAAGUCUUUAGAUGGGUAUAAGCAUGUUGUGGAUGUAGCAUAUUGUCCUCCGGUUCUAACAGACAGUCCUUCAUUCCCACCUGAAACUGCAAAGGCUAAGGAGGCAGCACAAACAACACCUUACAGUAAAGGGGCAACAGACUACUAUGAUACUUUAGAAGAGGAGAUGAUUCGAGGUUUACAAAGAGUUGGAUGGAAAAAAGUUGAUGUCAGCUUUCAUUCAGCAUUUUGGCCUUUUUUUGCUCACAACAACAUUCAUGUAAAACAGGAGUGGUUACAUUAUCCCGGAGCUGGAGUUGUGGCUCAUGUUGCAGACAGUCUGAAGCAACAAGAAAUGGCCACAUUCAUUUCAGCAAGCCUUUAAAGAAAUUGAAGGAUAUCUAACUUUGUUGUAUUUCUAAUUAAAUUUCAUUUUACGUCAGUGCAUAUUCAAAGAUGUAAUAUAAUGUCAAAUAUAAGUUUUUGUUCAGAAGCAAUUGGUGUCGAAGGUAAUUUAUAAUGGAAUAGUAUCAUUCUUUACUAAUUUAGAAAAUUCUUAAUGUUGAUCCAAACUGGACCCGGUCUUAAUUUAUAUCUACUUCAUUCA